AUGCCCAAACCCAAAUCCUCCAAAUCAUCUUCAACCCCCCAAGCACCCCCUCCAGCCGCAGCACCACCAUCAUGGCCAGCCUUCAAACCCCCCUUGCCCGUCGUCGAGCUCUAUCCCGAGCUCCAUCCCGCAACACCCAACAUUGUCCUCCUCUCCUCCUUCUUCCCCCGCUCCCUUUGUCGCGACUACGUCGCGUUUCUCAAGACACUCCCGCUGCAGACGACUCCUUCGAGGCCCAAAAAGGGCGAGGCGGUCCGCGUCAACGACAGGUUCCAGAUUGACGAUCCGGUGUUUGCACGCAGAUUGUGGGAGACGACGGGGCUGAAAGAGGUCAUACUUGAAAAUGAGACUAUAAAAGAUCUAUGGGGCGGCCAACCCGUAGGCCUCAACCCAAACAUCCGCAUAUACCGCUACUCCAAAGGCCAAUACUUUGACUGCCAUUAUGAUGACUCCAACUACCUGACUCUCGACUCUGAACCCGUCCGCACCACCUGGACGCUGCUUCUGUACCUCACUUCCUCUGCCGAUGGCUGUGUGGGCGGCGAGACCGUCUUUUAUCCUCACGACCGCAAGUCUGCCGCCGAGGAGAUUGUCAUAUCACUCGAGACGGGUAUGCUGCUGUUGCACAAGCAUGGACAUGAUUGUCUGCUCCAUGAGGGAAGAGAAGUUCAGCAAGGAGAAAAGUGGGUGCUGAGAACUGAUUUAUGUGUCCGAAGGUAA